ACACCGGAUUUGAUCGACCGGUCCCGGAAGGAAAUGGUUCAGGUUCGUAAAGUCGUGCUGCGGUUGGACAUCGUACGCAACCCGCUCCGGGCGACGCAGCAGGAAGAGUUUAUCGCUCGCCUUUCGCGGACCGCCAUGGAACAGGAAGCGGACCAUUUUCGGGACGAGAUGGUAGCACACGCCCGCAGACGGACCAUCGCAUUGCACAGCGCAUUCGAGCGGCUCAAGCGGUUGUACCACGAGCAGGACGCUCUGCUUGCGCCACUCUACAAUGGCCCCGGGAUGCCGGGAAUGUCGCCCGACGAACAGCGGAUAGACAGUGAACUGGAGGCUGCCCGGGAUGUGCGUGACCGAUUGGGUGGUGCGGCCGAGCAGUGGCGAACGGCCGGAGCGCUACUACGGGCGGCGGCCAAGGCACUCCAUCAAACCGUCAACUACUGGGAACUGCUGGGAGUGAGUGUGGCCAAGGAAGAGGCUUCCCAAACGAUUAGCCUCGCGCUGGACACAAGGUACACCUGUCACGGAGCUCUGAUCGCGCUGGAGGCGGCCCAAGCCGCACUGCCCGAGGUUGAGGUACCGCACGUCACCAUCCGGCAGCAGUCCGCCGUGCGGCACGCGCUAAUCUAUCUCCUCACAGACAUGGUCCAACCGGCCCGCUACCAGCACACGCGCGAUGUCUUCACGGUGUUUAGUGCGAACGUGUCGAAGGCCGUCCACUGGGUCCACGAGUGUUACAGCACCACGCUGCGGCAGGACUACGAUAGUGCCGAUCAGGCGGCCACUCUGCUGGCGAAGGCGUUACGCGAAGAACGGUUGCGCUACCUUCGGCGCCGGUUUCCCAAUAAAACCUACACCCGGCCACCGGCAGCAGCGGUCGGGUAG